AUGGCGGAGCUGGAGCUGGAGCAUGCUCAGAGAGUACCGGAGGCAGAGUCUGUCCAGCCGCAGGUAAAGCUAAAGGACAGGCAAAAGUUUUUUGAGGAGGCUUUUCAGCAGGACAUGGAGCACUACCUGUCCACAGGAUACCUACAGAUCGCAGAGAGAAGAGAGACAAUAGGAAGCAUGUCAUCAAUGGAGGUGAACGUGGACAUGCUGGAGCAAAUGGACCUGAUGGACAUGUCUGACCAUGAGGCGUUGGACGUCUUUCUCAACUCUGGUGGUGAGGACAACAGUGUGGCUUCACCAUUACUGGGUCCUGAUGUGGAGUCGUUCACCUCUGAGAUCACUCUUCAGGUGCCCACACGGGCCGACCUGAGACACAAGCUGGCGUCGCUGUCCUCCACCGGCACAGACUCAGCCAGCCAGGACAAGGAGGCGGGGGAAGAGGAGGAGGACGAUGAUAAUGAUGAGAGGGGACCAGCAGCCAUCCCCGACUCUCCGCUUGUCCAGCCGGAUCAGGGAGAGGUCGAGGAGGAUGCCACGUUACCCGAAAGAGAACGCAUCCAGCCAAUCAAGAACUGUGAGAGCAGCAGCUCAUCCUGAAAACACAGAGGACUGUAAAAGGAAGUGAUGCAGUUAGCGGUGUGCCAUGCACUCGCGUCCAAAGGAAGAGUGUGCACUGGUGUUAAAUGAAACCCUUUUGGAUUUUGUAAAGAAAUUCUUUGUCGUGUGCUGUGCAGUGUGAAGCCCGAUCCUGUGCCUGCCCUCCAAAUCAACAAAUAUCUUUUAUUCUGUUGGACGUUCACUGCAUACAGCUGGUCUGCUGUUUGCCCCUCUGUGCCACUGUUGUCAGUUACAGUGUUAUAACAUAGGCCACUAUCUAUAUUAUAUUCUUUCCACUCUACAACUAGUUUGAUCGGUCUCACAUCUUGUAAAUCCAUACCUGGAGUAUUUCCAGCUUUUAAAAAUGGCUUUAGAUUACAAAUGUUCAAAAAUGUAUUCAAAAGGGAUGUUUAUGUCGUGAGGUACACGUCGGUCUCUGUAUGUAUAAAAUCGAUCAUGCUUUCGAGGCCUCAGGCUCACCAGAGUGACUUUGAUUAUUAUGAUGAAAACAGCACAAUUUAGGCUCUGGGCCAAGCGUCAAUACUUUACAUUGCCAGCCUGUUUCUACAGCAGGGAAAACCAUGUGGAGAUAAA